ACCGGCAGUCCGUGCUCGGCUGUCCCUGCUGGGUCACAGGGUGACCCCGUCUUGGCUAGGGAUGGAGCCUCGGCGGCAGCCCGGUGGCGUGCUGGGACGAAGGCGCUGGUGGCCGGUCCCCAGCGCGGUGGCCUCGUGGGUCCCCUCCCACGGACUGUCCCUGGUGCACGUCCGGCCGGGGACCUGGUGCUGCCUCAUCGUGGGGAGGGAUGAGGUGUGGCUGGGGGGACUCGUGCUGUCCCCAAGUGUCACUGCUGGUGGCUGGGUGACCGUGACCCAUCCUGCCAGCAGCCAGGCUCCAGGAUAUGUGUAGGACCCGGCGCGGUCCAUCCAUGCUUGCCCAUCCCAAUGUGGCAGCGGGGCUCGCUGCUCGGGGGACAGCAGGCAGGGAGCUGCUGGCACCAGUGUCCGAUGGGGAAGCGUGCCAGCAGGGCACUGACCAGCCUGGCCGCCGGCCACCGGGAUGCCCCAUCGGCUUCCUGCUGUGCCUGCUGGGGUGACACCGGAGCUGCCAUCCCUGCGGGCUGUGACAGGCGGUGAGCAUCUCUCACUCCUCCCUCGUGGCCACCGCGCUGCCACCGGCACCCGGGCGUCCCGGCGGGCGACGCUGCGGUGACAGCACCGAGCAGAAGCGCAUCCCCGUCCUCGAGUGGGCACGUCCCCAUCCUGGUGGCGGCGGCCUGGCCUGACCGAGGGCCGGGCGCUGCCCACACGGCGCUGGGCCGUGCCGUCGUGACGAAUGACACUAAUUACUAUUUUUCCUCGCGCCACGCCAAGCCCGGGUGGCCCAGCCGGGUCGCCCUGACGCAACGCUGCCUGCCUGGCUGGCUCCGCCACCCGACGGGACGCGGCGGGAGGAAGCGCUCGGGGACAGCAUGGCCACAGUCAGGCCGCAGGAAUCCGCGCGUGGCAGCGGGGCGGCACCGCCUGCUCCGGGCGAAGCGGCUCUGCUGGUUUUUCCCCUUCUCGGCACCUGAGAGCGUGGCCGGGUCACGGGGGCAGGAGCGGGCCGAGGGGCUGGCGCGGGGGGAGGCGGUAAGCAGGCCCGCAUUCCUCCCUGGCUGCUGCGGAAACUUUAAUUAAAUAGGGAGGGAGCGCGGGAGGAGGUGGGAGCUGCGGCGGAGGGCGACUGGAAGGGAAAAGGGGGAUUAGGGGCUGAUCGUGCAGCCCCGCUGGGCAUGGGGAGGGGGCACGUGCAGACACGGGUGUGUUCGGGGGCGUCAGGGAGGGCCCCGUGAGCACUGGGCCUGGAGCCGGGGAAGGCCCCGCAUUCCUCCGCGCGGGGCCCCGAGCGGCGGUGGGGACGGAGCCGUGCGUGUGCCGGUGCCCACCGGGCUGGCUGCGUGCCGGCAACAACGGCGGCUUUGUUCCGCACGGGGAGCCAGGCGGACGCGGGGCCUCAAUCAUCGAUGUAUGGGGACGGGAGGGGACGUCCUGGCUGUGCCGGGUACCCCCGGCUCAGGAAUCCACUGUGACAUGGGGUGGGACGAGAGGUUUGUGGGACCGCACAGUCCCCUCCAGCCCUUGGAGCCCAGUCCUGGGGCUCGGGGCACCCUGGGCUUGCUGGCCUCUGAGCCAGGUGGGCACAGACCCAGGUGAGCGCAGACCUGCGGGCGCUAGCAGUACCAGGGAUGCUUGCCCAGUGGCAGGGCCACCAUGACCUCCUUGUGGCUGUGUGGAGCUCCAUCUGCCCCCUCCUGCCCAGGUAUCACCCUGCAGCGUGGGGCUGAGGACGCCCCACUGCCACCGCAGCAGCCGGCGCUGCCGCCCACCCCGUUCUGUGCCUGGCUGGCAACGGGCUCUCCCUUGAGCACAAAAAGGGGCGACCCACUGUGUCCCCGUGUGCACCAGGGGGACACCCGGCCGCUCACCCCAGCGAGUGGGAACAGUGCUCCCACCCCCUCAGGCUGGCAGGGAGAGGCUGUGCAAGAGGGGGAGGCCGGGCCUGGAUCCUCCUGCAGCCGGAAAAUAUGAAUAAUUCGGCAAGUAUCUGCGGUGCAGGCUGGGGGAGCCCAGCCAAGGAGCAGCGGGCCGCUGGCAGGGCGGGAUGGCCAAGUACCUCUGGGAGAACCACUUCUCCCCGGUGCGGCCGUGCUGCCCCUGCCAAGCUGCCAGGCUCCAGGCUCCAAGCUGGGCUCACCCCUCAGCCCCACGUGCCCGCUGAAGGGCUGGGCAGCGGGCUGGUGUGUGCCGGAGGAGCGCGGUGGUGCCGGCGGAGCGGUGGCAGAGGUGUGGAGCCGCAGGUGGAGCGCGUGGUGCCCAACCGGCAAGGCGGGAUGCUCGGCCGCGGUCACGACCCAGCCCAACCUGCCCGGGGCCGGUGAGCGGAGCCUGGCAGCUGGGGAGGAAAUGCCAGCAUAAUUAAAGGGCUGAGAGGCUCAGAGUCAGCAGCUGGUUGCAGCGCGGACACGUCAGCGAAACCCGACCCUGGCAUUGCAAAACCAGGUCCCAACCCGGGGCCUGUGCCCCGCCGGCACCACGCUGCCCACCCCGGCACGCACAGCCCUGCGUCGUGCUGCCCUCGAGGCCAGCAUGGGCUUUGGCCAUCCCAGCGUGCCUGCUGUCCCUGCUCAGCUGCCCCAUGUCCCAGCUGAGGGUUGGUGCUGUCGCUCUCAUCCACCAGCUCAGUGCUUAACGCCAGCGGUGUCCCCAAACCACUGCAUGAGGCUGCAUGAUGCUCUCUUGGCACAGCCCUGUCACCGUGCACGGCUAUGGCACACCGGGUACCCUGCCCCAGGGUCACCCACGCACGGGGCGUGGGCCAGGGGCUCGGUGACCGUGACCGCAUGGCCACAGAGCGGCUCCUCCCAGUGCCGAUGUCCCUGGGCCAAGUGACUCAGGCGGCUGUGGUGACCCUGCCCAGCGGCGCGGGCGCACCCCACCCUUGGGCGCACCCCAGGACCACGGCCUCCACCUUAACCCUGUCUUGCUGCAGGCGAGCGCGGUGAUCUGGGGGGACUCGGGAUGCGGUGUUGCCCCCUGGUGCAGCCAGGGCUCGGCACAACCUGGCCGGGGCCCCCCACGGCGGAGGGGCAGCUGGGGCAGGCAGCAGCACGUGCUGCUGUGCUACCCGGUAGCCCCCCGCGCACAGCGGGGCCCCAGUGAGUCGCAGGGUUUUAUUUGCCUGCAGCUAUUAACGACUUUCAGCGGCCCAGCAGGAGGGGAGGAGGUGACGGGCGCGCUGGGAAGGGGCUGCCAGGGGCACGCACCCCGCAGAGGCCCCGCUGUCACCCCACGUGCCCUGCCAUGGGGUGAUGAAGGAGGCAGGGCCCUGGCCCUCCUGCAGCUUUGUGUCUUGCUCCUUGCCUGCACUAAUUAGGGCUGUCAUUAAAAGGGCUGAAAGACAGGGCUGAGAGACGAGCCGUGUCCUGAGCAAGGACAUCAACCAGGACGUCUGUCACUGGGACGUGGGCACAGGGGCUGGAGAAGGGCUUGUUCCAGCCCUGCUCUCACCAGGAGCAUCCUCUCCUUGGUCUCCUCUGUCCCCAGUCAGUCAGUGCCAGAGGGAUGAGGAUUGCGACCCAACAAGGCCGGUGCUGUGCCAGAAUCCCGGGAUGCCAACAGAGAGCUGACACCAUGAACCAGCUGGUCCUCUGCACGCUGCUGCUGCUGCUCCCUGGGCAGCUGGCACGGGCAUGUCCCACGGGCUGCCAGUGCCAGGACCCCACGACCAUCCUGUGCGCGGCCAGGCGGGGCCACACCGUGCCACGAGGGCUGCCCCCCAGCACCCUCUCCCUGUACGUCUUUGAGAAUGGUAUCACGAUGCUCAGUGAGGACAGCUUUGCAGGGCUGCCCGCCCUGCAGCUCUUGGAUCUCUCACAAAACAAGAUUACCAGCAUCCAGAAAAACAUCUUCCAGCCCCUAACGGAGCUCGUCAACUUGGACCUGUCCUCCAACCAGCUGCAGGAGAUCACCAAUGAGACCUUCCAUGGGCUGCGGCUGCUGGAGCGGCUCUACCUGCAGAAGAACAGGAUCCAGCACAUCCAUGCCACCGCGUUUGACACGCUGGAGAAUCUCCUGGAGCUGAAGCUGCAGAACAACCAGCUCUGGGCCGUGCCCCCGCUCGACCUGCCCAACCUCCUGCUGCUGGACAUCAGCUGGAACAAGAUCCCCACCAUCGCGCCUGGCACCAUCCAUGCCGUCAACAUCGAGUCCCUGAAGAUCGCAGGGCUGGGCCUUACGAGCUUGGACGAGGAGCUCUUCCAGCCCCAGAACAACCUGCACGAGCUGGACGUCUCUGACAACCUGCUGGAGCGCGUCCCGGUGGUGCUGCGGCGCCUGGGCAGCCUCACCAAGCUCAACCUGGCCGGCAACGCGCACAUCUCCCAGCUGCCGCCUGAGGACUUCCGCGGCCUUCACAACCUGCAGGAGCUGGACAUCAGCAACCUCAACAUCAACACCAUCCCUCGGGACUUCUCCAGGUUCUUCCCGAGGCUCCGCGCCAUGACGGCCGCCGGCAACCCCUUCAACUGCAUCUGCCAGAUGAGCUGGCUAGUGCAGUGGGUGAACGCCAGCGGUGUGCUCCUCCGGCGGCCUGAGGAGACACGCUGCCACUUCCCUCCAAAAAACUCUGGGAAGCUCCUCCACCACCUGCAGUAUGCCGACUUCGGCUGCCCCACCACCACCACCACCACCGCCGCCACCACCUCCCCUCCACGCACCACUGCGCCGCGACCCCCUCUGCCCAUUCCCACCGGCAGCCGCCCACCGCCGGAGCCCAGCACCACCACCGCCACCCUGCAGCCCCGCGCCGUCCCCUUUAGCUCCACGCCGGCGCCCUUCAGCCUCCCCCCAGCCGUCAGCAGCCCCCUGCCGCAGCUGUGCCCCCCACGCACGUGCCUGAACGGUGGCACCUGCCAGCUGGGUGCCCACGGUCACCUGCGGUGCUUGUGCCCGCCAGGCUUCGCUGGGGCAUUCUGUGAAGAGGAAGAGGAGGAGGAAGAGAAGGAGGAGGAGGACGCGGCGGUGAGGGGCACAACGCUGUCCCCAGCCACGCCAGCAGCACCUCCGAGCCGGAGGAUCAGCAUCACGCAGGUGAGCAGCACCUCGCUGCGGGUGGACCUGCAGAACUACGUCCAGUCCACAGCCCAGCUGAAGGGCAUCCGGCUGAGCUACCGCAACCUGUCCGGGCCGGAGAAGCGCCCCGUGAUGCUCCGCUUGCCGGCUUCUCUCGCCGAGUACACGGUGCGGGCGCUGAAACCCAACUGCACCUACCGCGUGUGCGUGGGGCCGCUGGGGGACAAGGGCUCCAAGGAGGAGUUCUGCGUGGAGGCGCACACCUUGCCGGCGAGCCACCAGCAGCACUCACCCGUCACCCAGAGCAAGGACAACAACCUGGCCCUGAUGAUCGUCCCCGCGCUGGCCGCCGUGCUGCUGCUGGUGGUGGUGGUGACGGCAGUCACCUAUUACCGCCGGCACCGCCGGGCCAAGGCGCACGCGGGCGGGGGGGUAGAGGCCGGCCCGCUGGAGCUGGAGGGCGUGAAGGCGUGCCUAGAGAACGGCGAGCGGGGCGGGCACGGCUGCCAGGGGCCUGAGAACGCCGUGCUGGCGGGCGGCCCCGAGUGCGAGGUGCCGCUGAUGCAGGCGCACUACCCCAGCAACAACAACAGCGCAGCGCUGAAGCCCUCCUACUUCUGAGCCGGCAGCGCUGCGUGGCACCUCCAGGCCGAGGAGCGGCGGGGAGUUAACUGAGCUGAGGCAGAGCCCAAACCCAAACGUGCAAUUCUGAGGGGCUUACACACGUGGGGAGCAGUCACUGAUUGUACCGCUCGGCCUAAGCGCCUCGAUUCCUGUGACUCGACACAGAACGCGGGCAGCAAAGGUUUUGUUUUUAAUUCGGGUUUGGGUCGGCCUUCUUGUUUUAGCGAGCGCUAGGAAGGAAGACAGAAGGAGGACGGCGGUGACUCGGCUGAGGGGCAGCGAUGUGCUGGCAACAGGGGCCCCUCGGUGGAGCGCAGCCGCGGUCCCCACUCCCUGGAGCUGAUGUGAGUGGCACGGCCCGGCCGAGGAGCUGGGCCCCUCGGCACCGCUGGGCUGAAGGACGCGCCGCACGGGCGCACGGGGAACCAGAGCUUUACGAACUCAGAGAGAAUAUUUAUACGCGGUUAUUUCCCAUUUCUUCUGGGAAAACUUUUUCUAGUACAGGUUUUGUAAGGCAGACCAGAAGGAUGUCAUUUUGUAAAAAAAAUAAUAAAAGAAUAACAACAACAAGGAGAAA